CGCGACGUCACGCUUGUAUGUGCACGCACUCCGAGGUGACAGAAAAAGCUGAUGAAAAGCGUCAUAGCUAUGGAUAACAGACGUUCAAGGAUAGACACGGGGUCUGGAAGUCAGCUGCGUAGGGGAAAAUUUCUACCACAAGGUCAAAGCUGGACAGCAAUCAGGUCUAACACUAAUAUAGUUCAUAUGAAAACAGACGCAAGAUCCAACUACCAUGCGACUUAAUUUCUAUCAUUUUGUGUUUGUUGGCGUGUUACUGAUUGGGCUCUCUUAUUUGGGCUACACCUCUAACUGGCAACUCCAAAGCUGUAAAACUCAACAAAUAGAUGAUGUCAGGACAGAGGAGCAGGAUAAACACUUGGAAUUGCAAAAUAGGACAGAAGAGGAGCAUACUGACUUGGAAUUGCACCAUGGGAGAGAGGAGCAGCAUAAAGACUUGGGAUUGCACUCAGUUCCUGGGUUGGUGUAUACGCAGCCCAGUGCCCUUAAUGGUCGAUCAGAUGUUGCUUAUAUGACACCAUGGUUGGCGCCAAUUGUUUGGGAGGGAACCUUUAAUCCUACACUGAUCGACUCUAUCUACAAACAACAGAACAUCACUAUAGCCACCACAGUUUUUGCUUUGGGAAAAUAUACACGUUUUCUCAGAGAUUUUCUGGAGUCAGCUGAGCAGCAUUAUUUUGUUGGAUUUCGGGUACAUUAUUACUUGUUUACAGAUCAACCUGAAGCAGUUCCUGAUGUAAAGCUCGGCAAUGAACGUCAGUUGAGAGUGCGGACAGUCCCAAGAAUGGAUAGGUGGCAGGACAUCAGUAUGGGAAGGAUGGGAAUGGUGGCAAAACUAACUGAGAGUGAACUGGUUAAUGAAGCUGACUACAUUUUCUGCCUUGAUGUGGAUACAAAGUUUUAUGCCCGCUGGAGUGUGGAGGCUUUAGGCAGUCUUGUAGGAGUGAUUCAUCCCUGGUUCUAUAAUUAUCGACGGGAUCAAUUUACCUAUGAACGUAGACCAGAGUCGCAAGCAUUUAUUCCAGUUGAAGAAGGUGAUUUUUAUUACGCUGGUGGUGCGUUUGGUGGCUCAAUUCAGGAAGUGCAUAAACUCACCAAAACCUGCAGUGAGCAGCAAAAUAUUGAUGCUGCCAAAUCCUUUGAGGCAAUAUGGCACGAUGAGUCUCACUUAAACAAGUAUUUUCUUUACAAUAAACCCACUAAGGUGCUCUCACCUGAGUAUCUAUGGAGAAAUAUUGAUGCCAGAACAAAUGAAGUGAAAACAAUUCGCUUCUGUAGUGUAAAUAAAAAUAUUGAUGAGGUUCGCUCAAACCUUUAACAACAGUUACAAGCUGAAACGUUCACCUACACUGAGAUGUUGCACCCAUAACUGUACGUUCACACCGCUGUUAGUGAGAGCAUCAAAAAAUGCUCUGGCUGCCCUGCCAAUGACGCUAUAGAAAAAGUGUAGUGGACGCUCGAAUGCAUUCUCUGGUUUCCGCCUUCCGAAUGGUUGAUGCAGAACAAUUCCGCCUUCCAAUUGGUUGCCUCCGAACUGCGUCAUAGCUCAUUACCAUAAAGUUGAGCUGAUUUAAACUCUCCUCGACCCUCCAAGACGCACCACUGCUCGCCAGAGCUCGCCGACGGCUCUCAUUGAUGGCCUUAAAUUGCACAUGCUCGCUUAGUCUAUGAGUCCAUAGGGUGUCCCAUCUGUCAUUUGUAUGCUCUGAAGUUUGCUCAUCAGCUCCCCCUUUGCACCCUUAAUGCGGUCUUCGGCGAAACCCGCACUGCUGCAUGCUUUACUACUUUACCAACCCAGAAGUCCUUGCGAAAGAGCAGUCAAACGAAACAGACGACGGAUGGGCAACUUCUCUUCCUAUUUCCGGCUUGACGCUCAAGUCUGUCCCAAAAUACGACUCUGGUCCGCCCUCGUGGAUUUGUGUCAAGGGUCUCUAAAUGUCUGCACUACAUGAUGUCAUGAAAGUGUGGACUCUGAGGAAGUCUGG